UAUCAACAUAAUGUUCACAUUGCAGCUACAUAACACACAUCGAAAACUUCUAUCAGAUGCAAUCGUUCGUUGAAUUUCUUUGCAACUCGCUGCAGGCAGCUCUAACCUUGAACGAGUUACAUCGCAACUUUUGGCUGCCAGGGUUUUUCAUUCUUCCGAUGGCGGUAGGACAAAUGCUUAUACUGUGCUCCUUGGGAACACUGAUCGAGCUGAAGAGUGACCAGUUCAAGGAUCAGUUGUAUGACAUUGCCUGGUCAGAGAUGGAACUUCCCCAGCAGGCAAUGUUUAAGUACGUGCUGCAAAGUGCUCAGCAGCCGAUGCGUUUGACCUGUGGCCGAUUUACUGUGAUUAAUAUGAAUCUUUUCCUAACGAUUCAUAAAAAAAUCUAUUCCUUCUUUAUGAUGCUUCAAAACAUGUGA